GAACAUGAAGCAGAAAAUCUAAUCAUUUGAUUGGUCAGACGUGAUCACGUGACAUCAUGUUUUGCCUUUCCUCUCGUGAUGUAUGUAACUUUGCAUUUGCACGUUGAUCUGAUUGAAUGUAGCGAUAUAAUCUGACAGAGUGUUGCGACGAUGGCGAAGUGUGUGGUCCAAGGAUGCAUAAACCACAGUGAUCUCAGACCGGGCGGGCAAUCGAGCCGUACGCACAAGAGGUUUUUCAGGUUCCCCAAAGACAAGGCCCGAGUGAAAGUGUGGCUGGCCGCUUUACGGGAGACUCCGCUCGAAAUCACAGAUCAGCAUCAGAUAUGCGAGGAUCAUUUCCUGAGCCAUCACAUCACGCCGAACGGCAUUAGCCCGGACGCGAUCCCUAUUAUGCCGCCAUUAGAGGGACCGGUCGCCGGCUGGAGCUCGUGUGAUGAGCAGGACGAGCACUCGGACCCAGUUGAGGAGGGUGAAGUUGCUGCAGAAGAAGAUCUUUAUGAUGUCGAGUUUGAGGAUUAUGAGGAAGAAGAAGAUGAAAACCACAGUCUUGCAGAUAAUGGUCCAUAUAGCAUGAAUAGUAAAUUCCAAGGACAGUGUUACACUGAAAGUUUAAUUAACAAUCCCAACAUUAACAAUCAUGUGAAUCAAGCAACAGGGGCAUCCUCCAGACAAGCCCAGAAUCGCUCUGACGUUGCUCUUGGACGACUGACCAAACGCUUCAUGCAGCUGCUUCACACAGCACCAAAUGGAGUCCUUGACCUCAAUGAGGUUACUCGAAAACUGGGCACACGAAAGAGACGGGUGUAUGACAUCACCAACGUCCUAACCGGCAUCCAGCUAAUCAAAAAGAUGUCCAAAAACAAGGUCCAGUGGAUGAAUCCAGCACCAAGCAACUUCGGGAACCAGUGGAGUGCCAAGACGAAAGCUGACCUACUUCAUCUGAAGUCAACGGAGGAGGCCCUUGACUGGCUCAUCAAAGACUGUGCCCAACAGCUUUUUGCCCUGACCGACCUCAAAGACAAUGCUGACUCAGCUUAUGUCACAUAUGAGGACAUCUGUCAGAUUGGCGUUUUCAAGGACCAGACUAUAAUAGCUAUAAGGGCCCCUGAAGAGACAAAGCUAGAGGUGCCCACUCCCACUGAAGAAUCUAUCCAGAUCCACUUGAAGGGCUGCCGAGGGCCCAUCCAUAUACUCACCUGUGAGACUGAGGGCCCAAGUGAAGCUGUGGAUCCAACUAACACAGAAUCGAAGCUUGUCAAACCAGCCUGCUUUCUAACACUAGAGGAGAGCCAGAUUCACACACAACCACUUAUAUCAGUAAAGGCAUCCAGAAAGUUUAAAUAUCAAUGGCGGGCAGACAGUAUUGCGGCCGAACAUUGUUGUGUCCCAUUGUGUUCGGCUUCCUCAAAGUUCAACUCUGUGCUGAGCUUUCACUCUUUCCCCACGGACGAAGAAAGAUGCAAAAAGUGGAUAUGCAGCAUUCAACGCAAGGAUUUAAUCAUCACUUCCCAUAUGAGAGUCUGCAGUCGUCAUUUCAAGAGUGAAGAUGUGAAAGAGCCAUUGACUCCUAAAGGGCGCCGCUUGCUGAAGAAAGGGGCUGUACCCACCUUAUUCCAGUGGAACAACUACUCUGCUCCAGCACCACUGCAGAGUGGUGAACUUUGCAGCAGUUGAUAUUGCAUUGGAUAGGGCUGCAGAAUGAUUGACUGAACUUUUUUUCAUAUUU